GAUUGCAGAACAGUGCUCAAUUUUACUGGUUCUUCAACGAAAGUAGAACUGCGUAUCCGCGUUCCCUUUCGGCAAAACUGUGCUUCAAAAUGCGUUCUUUACCUCUCUUGCUCAUUCUUGCUGCUAUAUUUGUCCUUUGUUCAGCGAGGCCUCAACAGUCUAAUUCUGCGCCACGAGCCAGGCGCUCAUCGUGCGUUGACUGGUAUCAGAGCUACUGCGCUUAUUGGCGAAACUUGGGAUACUGCCAGCCUAACAGCUAUUACUACAGUUCAAUGAAGUACUACUGCAAGAACACAUGUGGACUCUGUGGGGAUCCCAGUUCCAGUUGUACAGACCAUUCCUAUUAUGCCGGCUAUUAUUGCAACUAUUGGAAAAGCGUGGGUUAUUGCCAAAAAGGAAACUAUUACUAUGCCUCUAUGAAGGUGUACUGUCCGGCUACAUGUGGCAUGUGUGGGGAUGCUUGCCCAGCGGAUAAAGUGAGAGACUGUCCCUACUGGAAAGGCCUUGGUUAUUGCAGCUCAAACAGUCAAUACUACCAGUAUAUGUUAAUGAACUGCCAGACAACAUGCGACUUUUGUGUCCAACCAACAACGGCAAAACCUGUGACCACUAAUCCAAGCACGACUUCCAAACCAUCACCAACAACUACCAGCGCACCGGGAACAACAUCUAACCCUUCAACCACAGCUGCACCAGAUACCACGUCUAACCCUUCAACCACAGCUGCACCAGGUACCACAUCUAACCCUUCAACUACAGCUGCACCAGGUACCACAUCUAACCCUUCAACCACAGCUGCACCAGGUACCACGUCUAACCCUUCAACUACAGGUGCACCAGGUACCACAUCUAACCCUUCAACUACAGGUGCACCAGGUACCACAUCUAACCCUUCAACCACAGCUGCUCCAGGUACCACAUCUAACCCUUCAACUACAGGUGCACCAGGUACCACAUCUAACCCUUCAACCACAGCUGCUCCAGGUACCACAUCUAACCCUUCAACCACAGGUGUACCAGGUACCACGUCUAACCCUUCAACUACAGGUGUACCAGGUACCACAUCUAACCCUUCAACCACAGCUGCUCCAGGUACCACAUCUAACCCUUCAACCACAGGUGUACCAGGUACCACGUCUAACCCUUCAACUACAGGUGUACCAGGUACCACAUCUAACCCUUCAACCACAGCUGCUCCAGGUACCACAUCUAACCCUUCAACCACAGGUGUACCAGGUACCACGUCUAACCCUUCAACUACAGGUGUACCAGGUACCACAUCUAACCCUUCAACCACAGCUGCUCCAGGUACCACAUCUAACCCUUCAACCACAGGUGUACCAGGUACCACGUCUAACCCUUCAACUACAGGUGUACCAGGUACCACAUCUAACCCUUCAACCACAGCUGCUCCAGGUACCACAUCUAACCCUUCAACCACAGGUGUACCAGGUACCACG